AUGAUUAUUUUUCUUCAGGUUGCCGUGAUCGGCCCGCCAAAUGUUGGCAAAUCACUGCUAACAAACAGGCUUAUAAAAGCAGGUGUUGCUGCAGUAAGCUGUCAAAUGGAUACUACGCAAAGAAACCAGACAGCCAUCCUAACCGAAGGCACAACACAACUGGUACUUGUGGACAGUCCUGGGACUGUUGGCAUUCGACAUGCCAGAGAAGUUGUCAAGAAUCCGGAUUCCCGAAUCUUAAGCGAUCCGGAACAUGCAGUGGAACAAGCGGAGCAUAUACUGGUGGUGCAUGAUGCCACAAUUUGUACGGAUUAUAUCCUGCAUCGAGUUCUUCAUAUGCUGCACCGUCAUCGGCAAAUCCCAUCAACUUUGGUGCUUAACAAAGUUGAUCUGGUCAAGCAGAGAGAAUUAAUACAGAAGCCAACAUACAAGUGCAGUUGGGGAGAAACAAAGGCAUUAUUUGCAAAUAUCAAGGGCUGGUCCAAUUUUCAAGCCGUUUUCUUUGUCAGUGCACUGACGGGCGAAGGGAUCGAAAAUGUGCGCAACUAUCUUUGCGAGCUUAGCUUGCAAAAGGUAUUUCUUAAUACUUGCUAG